AUGCAGGGCGUGCUGGGCCGCACCGCGCUGGAGUCUGUGCUGCGCACGAUGGGCGUGCUGGCGGCCGGGGAGAAGCUGCCCACCGCGCUGCCCGAGGUGGAGGCGCGCUUCAAGGUGCUGUGGGCCGACCAUGGCGAUGACAUCAGCAGGCAGUACGCUGGCACGGGCGCCCUGAAGAGCGGGUUCACGCGCACCGGCAAGCGCACGGUGGGCGGCAUCUCCGACGACGGCGUCAAGUCAGCCGUCAGGUACUACCUCAACAACUUCCACGACGGCCACAAGCAGGACGCCCUGGACCUUAUCAGCGGGGCCUACGCCGUCAAGCCGGACGUGAAGCUCAGGUUCAGGCGGCAGGUGGGGGGGCACAGGGGAUGA